GCGGCCAAAGAAAAAAGUUCGAGCGGGGCGAUGGUCGGCGGGGGGCGCAUGCGCGGGAAAGGGCGCCGGAUUUAAACGGGAGGAGCGGCGGUUGGUGCGGGUUCGGUGCUGCGCUCUCUUUCUUCUCCAGUGCAUCCAAGGCACCAUAUUGUACUCGAGAGGUGAUAUUUUAAAACAAAAUGUCAUCUCUUUGCACUGUGGAAGCAAUGUUGCGCAGCCCUUUGAAGCGCCUAAGGCAGCCUCCCACAGACAAUGAAGGAAAUGACAGUGAUUCUCUGAAGAGGCAAAAGCCUCCAUCCUUGGAUGAAGAGAUGGAAAACAUAAAUCCUCUGGGAUCUUGUACGUCGUCAAAAUUUCGAGUCUUGGAGCAAGAAGUCAAGCCAGACACUCCCAUAGUUCCCUCGGUGAAAUCCCGUCUUCGAAGACUAGCUGAACAGAAGAAAGAAUUGUGUUCUGAUGAUCUUCUCUCUAAUGCACGGUUAUCUUCAGACACAAGAAAUGGAUUGGUUUCUCCAGCAGAAAUGACCAGCUCCUGGAAGAAUGAACUUGCCAGGCCACCGAUUAAGAAGGCCAGAAAGAAUGCUGAAGGUGAAACCAUGUCUUGUACAGAAGUGAAAACUUUAUUAACCUCAAGCAGUGUUGUUGUGCAAGCAGUUAAAGAAAAAUUUGAAGACAUGAAUCAUGAGAAACAGAACCAAGGACAAAUGGGAAACUUCCUCAUCCCUGAAGUAACUCCAAGUACCAAAGCCAUUCAGGCAAUGCUGCUUCAGAAGUCUACUCCUAGUGCUUCGCGUGUUAUUUGGAUAAAAAAGGAGCGGGAACGGGAGCUUGCAAUGCUUCGGAGUAAGACUGAAGGGAAGAAUCCCUGGGUAGAAAAGAUGUCAAAGUCCUGCACAGGAAGUGAGGAAACACCUAAGACUAACCCUCCAGUACAACAGGAAGAGAUGAAGGAAAGCACAGAAUUGCAAGUGAACACUAUUCAUGGCAGUGAUAACACUGCAGGGUUUGAGAAUACUGCAAAAUGUGAGGAAAUCCUCCAGAUUACUGAAGACAAAGGUGAUUGCAAGGGAGAAGAACCCAUGGAUUGGUCUACUCCCCUAAAGAAGGUUACCUUUGCAUUAGAGCCACAAACUAUUCCAUCGUCAGAGUAUGUAGAAAGUGAAAGUGAUGAAAAGUGCAUCUCUGAGAUGGAAUUGGAAUCAUCAUCUCAGGAAGAACUAAAUAGCUCUGAAAUAAUUGACGAGCUGUUUAAAGAUGUUCUUGACACUGACCAUGCAAAUGAACAAAUGGAGAAUGAACCAGAGCCUAAAAACCAAACGGUGACAGAGUUGGAAAAAUCUAAAAUUGAAGAGCAGAGUGAUGAGGUGAAAUCUGAGAAUGAGGCAAAGGAAGAAGAUGAGCUGACUCUUCCCAGUAUAACUGUGGUGUCUCCACUUGCUAAAUCUAUCAAACUAGAUGCCAUGGCUCCUCUGGCCUCAAUACUGACAUCACUAAACACCAAUCUAGCAGAAUCCUGUUGCUCCAUCUAUUCCUCUCUCAAGAUGGAGAAUACAGGGCAGAAUCAAAAUCCGACUGGAAGUCUUUCACCAGUGGUGGAUGGCACACCAUUCUACAGUAUUGAUUUAUAUAGAACUCAACGUCGCAGUGCUCGGCAGCAAGAAAGAAAAAACAAAGAAAUGAAUAAGACUAAUUCCCAGGGAGCAGCAGAAGGUUCUUGUUUUGCAACAAAGCAGAUCACUACCAAAGAGAAAAUAAAGAUACUUAAUGAUGAGAUUAAGAGUUUGCAUAACAUCAUGCAUCAGGCAAGCCAGGCACUAAAUUGCUGUACAGACAAAGAGCAUGGUAAAGGUUCACGGGAAGAAGCAGAAGCAGAGCGUCACCUCCUUAUUGCUUCUGAGAAGCGUGUUGCACUACUGACCGAGCUGAAUAGGCUGAAAGGAGAGGGCAAUGGUGGAUCUCGAGGUGAUGCAGCCCAGCUGACAAAUGGUCUGGAGCCUUGUCAAGGCACUGUCUCCAUCUCUAACCUUUGCCUUCCUCUGAAAGCUGAAUUUGUCUCUUCAGCACAACAUAAAGAAGGAAACCCCAGCCACUAUUUCUUACUGAUGAUCAAAUGCGGUCCACAUAACAUUGUGGCAACUCCACUGGCAACAGCAGAGGAUGCUCACCAGGGUGAUACCAUUAUUUUUCCAACCAUCAUCACACUGGGUGAUAUUCAUUACAAGUUUGAAAUUGAUGUGGAGGUGUACAGCUUGGCCCAGACAUCAAACGUAACCACCACUGAGAAGCGACGAUCAUCAAGGUCCAAGGUUAUGACCCCUAAAAAGCUUCUGACCUCUAUUACUAAUUGUACUUCUCAGAAUCGAUCACCAGAAGGAAAGAGUUCAUGUUGUAUUCUUUUUCCUUUUCAGAGAACAAGCUUGCAGUCGCCCGGUGCUAGUCCUGUUAUUGGCAGUUCAAUACGUGCCAGUAGGUUUGUACUGGUUGGGUCUCACACAAUCACCCUGGCAUCUCUGGGUAAAGACAAGUUUACACUGGACAAAAUGAAGCUUGAUGGAAAAGUCAGGCAACUGCUUGGAGAUGAGUUUCAGGACAAGGUUCCGUUCCUGUCUCCCCUUGAAGGUGCCAUCUAUUUGAAGUUGCAGUGCCAUUUUCACUCCUCCAUCGAGCAUUCUGGAUUCCUGACUGUAUUUGAGGAUGUGAGUGGGUUCGGUGCAUGGCAUCGUCGGUGGUUUGUGCUGUCUAGCAACACGCUUUCCUAUUGGACUUACCCCAGUGAAGAGAAACACAAGAAACCUAUUGGCUGCAUUAACUUGGCCGACUGCACCACAGACAAGAUUGAACCUGCCAGUCGUGAGUUCUGUUCCAGGCCUAAAACCUUGGAGCUGAUCACAGCACGGCCUCAGUCUAAAGAUGAUCGUGAAACUCUAAUUGUUCAGUGUCGUAACAAACUCUGCUUUACCAAAUACUGGCUGUCAGCUGAUACAAAGGACGAGAGGAAUUUGUGGAUGGAGAAACUUAACCAAGUCCUGAUCAAUCUCAGUACAUGGCAGCAGACACCACACUUGGCAUGUAAGGAUGGAAUCUGAAGAUACCUGCAAUGGUUCAUCCUGUGAGCCACCCUCACUAUAGGAAAUGGGGUGGGGAUGAAGACUACAUUUUGUACUUAGGUGCUUUGCAAAUAGUUGACUACAUAUCCAAGUUAGUUAAUUGCUGCUAAAAAUUACUAACUGAAAUUAAUCCAAAGAAUGUUUAUAUUAAAAAAUGUAUCUUAUUUCUCUUCCUCCUCUCCCUUCCACUAUGUUUUUAUUCUCUUGAAGCUAUUUUCAAGUUUGAAUUUGUAUUGUUAUGUGCAAAUUACUGACUAAGCCCAUGAAAUUCCAGGUUAGUUUAAUAGAUUAAUGGUAUUUUCCCCAUAUAUGCUGCAAGGAAUGCCAAAAUCAAACAUGGCAGCACAGUUGAUCCAACAUCAUGGGAGUGUUGAGGGCUCUGAUUUUGCUCCCAAAUACAAGCUUGAUUCUUCUCCUCCUCCUCCACCACCACUGGGCUCUUGGCAUAUUUUGGAUAAGAGAUUAUCAAUUUGUAGGCCAUUCCAGGGCUCACCUGUAAAUGGUCUAAUUUACUAAAAAUGAUGUGGUGGAUGAGUUAAGUUCUCAUGUUUGAUGGAGGCCAGUCUUAUGGAGACUUGUUCCUCCUGGUCCUGGAAUUUGAGCUGGGAAUUGUACAUGUCCCCAAAAAAUACCUGUUCAGGUUUUGAAUUAAUGAGUGGCAAGGAGGGAGUAGUUGGGAAAUCUUUAUUUAAUCACAAUAAAUAUAAAAGUUCUAAAUCUUGUAAUUAACUUAGUGUACUGCAUUUAGCUAGUCUGAAAUAUUUCUAUUCUGUCACUACAGUUUCAAAAUGAUACUAACUCUCGUGUAUACAUGUAAUUCAAAAUGAAUAAAAUAUUUAAGCCUGUGCUGCUUCCCUGUUUUACUUAGUUUCAAGUUCCACCUUUUUCUGAAACCAGACUUCUCAUUUCAUAGUCCAUCAACAAAGAAUUGUACUGUAGCUGCUGGAAACAUUUUCAGCAGGUCAAUCAGUACAUGUGGAGUGAAAUGUGACUUGGGUCAAUGAAUGUUCAUCAUGUGUAAUGUUAAACAGAUUUUGGGGAAGGGGAAGAUGGGAGAUUAAAAGUAAAAUGGUUCAAGGCAAGAUGAAUGGCAAGCAGAAAAUUAAAAGAUGGGGCAAAAAUGAGUGCAACAGUGAUGGACAGAUUUCAGAAUGAUACUGUUGUCCAGUAAAUGCUUAGUUAAAAUGUAUUCCUUGGGUUUAUUGGACUACACACAGGACUAAUCUUCCAUCUAAAACAUGCAUGUAGAUCAAUAUCUACAGUCAUUAAAUAAGUGUUUGGACUUGGCUUUGUAGUGGUGACUUCAUAAGCAGCAAAUGCAGUAUACUAAAUUUAUUUACUCUAAAUUAUUGUAGCUGGGAAGUGUUUGAACCCUUAAGCUGCAGGAAGGGAGGUAAAAGGGGUAUAAUGUAAUACUCACCAUGUGCACCACGUGUUGGGGAAAGAGGUUAGGAUGAUUUGAAUGCACCAAGGUGUCAUAGAAAAGAUCUGAAGCAUUGCACAUAAGUUGAUAAACUAAGCAAAGUUGAGAUGGAAGCAUAGUAAAGGGGGCUUGAAGAUUGUUCUGAGAUUCUGUAAAACAAUGGACUUGAUUCUCAAAGAAUGAUUAAGUAGGUCCAAAUAGCCUAUUUUUCUCCAGUUAUCUGAUUGGUAUUGGGGCAUACUAUUGUUUAAUUACAACAAUGCUCACUGCCUUAUCCUGUGGAAUUACAUGUGCACCUUGGUUCAAAGAUGAAUCCAACUGCAGGUGAAAGGGAUGGAGACACUUCACAACCUGUUCCCAUGUCCUAAAGUGCUUUAUAACCAAUACACCAAGCAAACUGUAGUCACUUGUAAUGCAAGAAUGUUUAUUUCUGAUUUCCAGCAAAUCUCAUUCCAAAAAUACAGGGUACUACAGGAGUGGUCAUGUAUUGUUUGAGGGCUAAAUACUAGCCAUGACAUGUGAAUUCCUAUUCUUUGAUGUACUGGUUUGUCCACUCAAGACAGGUUUAUUUCCACUUCAGGAGUCAUAGCACAACAGGCCCUUUGGCCCACUGUUGCGCUGACCUUCAAACCACUCUUAAGACUAUCUAACCCCUUCCUCCCACAUAUCCCUCUAUCUUAAAUUCCUAUAGAUGUAACAUCUCAUCUGAAAAAGCACCACCAUAUUGCUGUACCAGAGCAUGAAUGUCCUAUGACUAGCAUACCACUGAGACAAGCCUGACAGCUAAAGGUCCAUGUUUUGUAACAUUCCAUUUCAGGCUUGAAAGUUACCUCUCAACUUUGCCUUAAAGAUUUCCCUGACAAUCUUCACAGACUACAUACUGUGCACUGACCAAGAUUACCCAUUUCUCUUCCCUGUCUCAGCUCAAACCCUUAACUGUUGCUUAUUUCUAAACUUGAUCAUGGCAGUGUACUCCAGGCUGGUCUCCCUCUCAAAAUAACUACCCAAUUCUUAACCUGCACUAAGUUUCCAUCACUUAUGUUUGCUAAGUUAAAUGGUCCCCAGUUAAGCAGCAUCCCAUCCUUCCUCUCAAAUUACUUCAAUUACAUUUAAUCUCCAUGCAUUCCUCUAAUUCUGACCUCUUGAUCAUCAAGAUUUAAUUGGUCCUUGCUUUCAGCUGCCAAGGCCCUAAACUCAAAUUCCCAAACUUUUCUAAAUGGUCCUCAAAAGCUCCAUUUUUAGAUCUGCCUUAAUAUUUGCCUUUGUGGAUCCUUGUGAAAUUUGACCAUUUAGUUGCUACUUUAAAGACAGUAUUGUUGAUUGAAGCUAUGUUGUUGCUCCUUGUGUAAAUAAGGCAGCCGUUUAACUCUUUCAACCAGUACAAUAUAUGCAAAAUAAAUUUAAAACUUUCAUUCUCAGAUGGCUUGAAUAUUUUUAAAGCAAAAAUUGGGACAUAGGAGAAUUCAACACCAAUGAGUACUCCACACAAAAACUCCAACUGAGAAAGGUUAAUUCUUUCUCAGCCUAGUCACUUAAUUCACUGAAAAUACUAUUUGGUUACAGCAUCCUUGGAUCUACCUCUGAUUGCUUGUUUAAUGAAGUUCCUCUAUGUACCAGUUUCACAUUCACAAUUGUACUUGAGCAACAGGACCCAAAAAUAAUCCAGAAAAC